CCUAACAACGCAAUGCUGUGUUGUAGCGUGUGCAAUGAUCUGUUCCAUGGUAUUACUUUUAAAUUGAAUAUUAUAGAAAGCUGCGUUAUGCCUUCACUUCGAACAGGCUCAGCUUCCAUAAGGAAUUCGAUAGGGCAAAGCAAGACUAAUAAGUUUGUAUGCAUGAAGUGUUCCCGUACUCGCCGUCCCCGGAUUAAGAAUGUCAUUAAUUUAUUGGUGGGACUGCAGAGAUCUACCGUCAGAGUUCCUGAAGGAGAGCUUCUUCAAUGUGUGGCUGAGAUUAUGAUCAACUGGCAAAUAAGAGUGAAAAGAUUACUCUGUAAAGAACAAGUCGCUGAUCUUCUUCGCAGUCAUGGUAGCGAAACUAGCAGUUCUCCAAUAAACUACAAGCAGCUGUCUAUGUUUAAUACAGAUAACGAAAAUCAAAUGUCUGCUUUUUUGAACGAGCCUAAUAUAUCUCAUGUUGAAGAACAAAAAAGUGAUUUAAAGCAGAGUGGAAGAAGAACAAGAAAAGCACAGCUAGUUCCACGAAAUUUCGAAUGCCCUCCAAUGGAGUUGACUGAAUAUGAUUUUUCGUGUAUUGAGGAACUAAUGGUGGAAGGAGAUCUUUAUCAAAUAAGUUCUCAUGAAGCAGAUAAAUUGUGGGAAUUGCUGCAAGUUUCAAGAGGGUCUUCAAAUCCACUUUUUCCAGACAUUGUUAACUCCACCACUUCAAGGAAAGAAGGAGUUGGAAAGGGUCGUCCACGUGGAAAAAAGAGACUUCAAUCAAAAGACGAAGUCAAGAUGAAAAAGCCACGUAAAGUAAAAAACACAAGUAAUUUAAUAUUAAUCAUGAUUAGAUGAGAUUGAUAGCGUUAGCGGGUUAUACUCAGUUAAUUCAAGCAGUGAGUCGUUCGUAGGUGAAUACUACGAAGAAGACGACAUUAACUGUGAUUCCUUAAACUGCAAGUAUCCCGUAGGCCCUGUUGAUUGGGUGACGUGUGUCAAUUGCAAUGCACGUUUCCAUACAAUUUGUGUUACAGAGAGCAUUGUGGAUUAUAUGUGUGAUUACUAUUGCCAGAACUGUCUCGACGAAUUUGACAACCUCAAACCCACACCUGGAUUGUUUGAAGAAGUUUUGACUGCUGAUUUACCUGAGUCGCCCCCUGCCGUAAAACUACUUUCUGGGGUUAGGUUGGUUUCUAUGGAAGAGGAU